CACAGCCAGACAUCUGUUCGGAGCCGAGAGUAGCAUCGUUGGUCUUCCUCCACCAUCCGAGCUGCCCGAGAGACGACGGCGGCUCCCCGGUGAACAUUUGCCUGCACUCCUGCUGCUCUUCUUGGCUCGGCUGGUGUCGUGUCUGUGCCCGGGUCGCUAUGACUGCUGUGUCUAUGCUGCUGAUGGCCGCAGCGGCUGUCUCCGCUCUGGCCGAGUCCACUGUGUAUUUCCGCGAGCAGUUUGAGGACGCAGAUGCUUGGGAGAGUCGCUGGACAGAGUCCAAGCACAAGUCUGACUAUGGCAAAUUCCUCCUGACCGCAGGGAAGUUCUACGGAGAUGCUGAGAAAGAUAAAGGGCUGCAGACGAGCCAGGACGCCCGCUUCUACGCCAUGUCUUCCCGUUUCGAUGACUUCAGCAACAAGGGUCAGCCCCUCGUCAUCCAGUUCACUGUCAAACAUGAGCAGAACAUCGACUGUGGUGGCGGGUACAUCAAACUCUUCCCCUCUGACCUCAGUCAGGAGGACAUGCACGGAGACUCCGUCUACAACAUCAUGUUUGGACCCGACAUUUGUGGCCCCGGCACCAAGAAAGUGCAUGUGAUCUUCAACUACAAAGGCAAAAACCACCUCAUUAACAAAGACAUCAGAUGUAAGGACGACGAGCACACUCACCUGUACACGCUGAUAGUGAACCCAGAUAACACCUACGAAGUGAAGAUUGACAACAAGAAGGUUGAGUCUGGGAAUCUGGAGGACGACUGGGACUUCCUCCCCCCAAAGAAAAUCAAAGACCCGGAAGCCAAAAAGCCAGAAGACUGGGAUGAUCGGGAGAAGAUCUCUGACCCCGAUGACACCAAGCCAGAGAACUGGGACAAACCUGAGAACAUCCCAGACCCAGAUGCCAAAAAACCGGAUGACUGGGAUGAUGAGAUGGAUGGAGAGUGGGAGCCUCCCAUGGUGGCCAACCCUGAGUACAAGGGUGAGUGGAAGCCCAAAGAGAUUGACAACCCUGCCUACAAAGGCAAGUGGAUUCAUCCCGAAAUUGACAACCCCGAGUACACAGCCGAUCCAGAGAUCUACAAGUACGACAGCAUUGGUGUGAUUGGACUGGACCUGUGGCAGGUGAAGUCUGGCACCAUCUUUGACAACUUCCUGAUUACCAAUGACCCAAGUCUUGCUGAAGAAGUUGGUGAAGAGACCUGGGGUAAAAGCAAGGACGCUGAGAAGAAGAUGAAGGAGGCUCAAGAGGAGGAGGAGAGGAAGAAGCGAGAGGAAGAGGACAAACAGAGAAAAGAAGAGGCAAAAGACGAGGCAGAGGAUGAUGAAGAGGAGGAGGAGCGAGAUGACGAGGAAGAGGAAGAGGAGGAGCGAGACGAAGAGGAGGAAGAGGACGACGAGGACACAGAAUCACAACCGAAGGAUGAGUUGUAAACCCAAUGCAGGCCAGGACUCCUGAAUGACCCUGGGUGGGAUUUUCAUUAGUUUGUUUACAUUUGAAGGGCAGCAGUCUGAAGGGCCUCUCGGUUUCUUUUUUCAAAGUGCUACUACUUUUAUUAUUCAUGUUUUUAUUAUUACUAUAUUAUGUUAUAGUACUAAAACAACAUAGGAGCUCAUAUGAAUUUGUCAAAUUGAAUGUGAAGACAGGAGAUGAAAGAAGUUGUAUGUUGUGUUGUUUACUUUGUUUUUCUACUCGAAUCUGCUUUGUCUUUGAUGGAGCGUGUGUGUGUGUGUGUGUGUGUGUGCGUGCGUGUGCGUGUGCGCGCGCGCGCGCGUGUAUGUGUGUUUAAUUUGUUGUUGUCAAACUAAAUUGUAAUUAUCUAACCGGUAAACAAAGGGUACUUGACAUGAGCCACUACAUUACGUCAACACUGAGUGACUAAAAACACUGUUCUUUCAUGACUUUUGUUACUUUUAUGAUGACUUCCUUAAGCUGUUCUAUUCCCUUCACGUUUUUUUUUUCCAAUAUUGGUCCACAUGAUCAUUUGUGUUUGAACAAGACAAUACCAGUUUUGGCACUCCUGUGGUAGAAAACCUCCUUCUGUUUGUUAUAUGUGUGUCUUCACAUUCUAUCACUCAUCGCCUCUGAUGCCAACAUGUCUGCACGGCCGUCCCAAAGACACUGGAAGUUGUUCCUUUUGUAAAAGACCAUUUUUUUGUACUCAUGGGAGUCGUGUGAAAGGGGGAGGAUUUCCAUGUUGCAGUGUGAAACAGACAAUGGCUGCUCUGGUUAAUAAAAAAAGAACAA